UUAUAUCCUUUAAUGGAUAGUAUAUUGGGAGGAUAUAUUGGCUGCACAGAAACUACCAUAAAUAAUGAAACAAGUAUCAUCGAAAAUGAUAAUUAUGUUGACACCGAGUCAACACAAUUAUCACCAGUAAAUUUUUCCCAGCUAAACCAGAAUGAUGUAGAAAUUGUCCCAAAUAUUGAUAUUAAUCAAGAAAUUGAGUCAGAUCAACUUUAUCAAGCAGUGACUCGAGUACUUUUGGUCGAGGAAAAAAAAAAAGAAAAAAGAAUCCAGAUACAGAUAAUCAGGAUUACUACAAUAAAGCUUUAUUAUCUUUGUCAUCAAUGUCAAGUGCAAUAAAUAGUUUUUUGGAUAGGAGUUGCAAGUUCAAAUUUAUGAAUGUAGGCAAAAUAUAGUACAAAACAAUGACAGAUUUAAAAGUUAUUCUUUUUAAUUUUUUGGUUCUGUGUCACAGCCUGACAAUAUUGAUCUGUUUUGUGAAUCAUUAAAAUUAAGAUUAAAAAAUUGGAUGCACGGGAUCAAUU